AUGACCGUCACUCGCACGCAAGCCGGCAAGACGCCCAGGAAAACUGCCCACCCAGGAUAUGUCGAGACCCCUGGUACUUUUCGAAAACCCCGGACGCGCAAGUCCAUGGCUGCACUUGGAGAUUCCGAUGCGCAGGAUUCCUCCACCGGUCUAGAAGACGACGCCCCUGUUGUCAAACGCGCCCCAAGAAGCACACGGAAAACAUCUCGCUCGCUCAGGACAACGGAUGGCGCAGAAGACUCUACAGAUGAAGAAAGGAUGAAUGGGCACACGAACGGCCACGCUAAUGGCCAUGCUAAUGGGGUGGUCAAAGGAACAGCCAACGGUUCAGUCAAGGAGGAAACCACCGAACACGCUGUUUCAACCGACAAAGUUGUGGAUGGCUGGCGCGUAGGCACAGAUCCCAAGGUCGAUACUACCGGCCAUUUUGAAUUUGGGGGACCGUGGGGCGUCACCGCCAUGAUGAUAGGCUUUCCAUUACUGAUGUACUACAUGUGGAUUGGGGCAACAUACUACGAUGGAAAAUUCCCAACACCCAGAGACGGUGAGAAUAUGACCGAAUUUCUGCGUGGCCUGGUGCGAAUGGCGUACUACGGAGCAUGGCCGUCGGCGAAAGCUUGGGCUAUGUACUGGACGUUCUUCAUCUUCGAAGGUGCGUUGUACUGUCUGAUGCCAGGCAUAUGGACUAAAGGAAAGCCACUGCCUCAUGAGAAUGGUCGGAGGCUGGACUACUAUUGCUCUGGAAUGUGGUCAUGGUGGACCACCAUCAUUGUGGCACUCGCUCUACAUUUCUCCGGCAUAUUCAAGCUCUACCAAAUCAUUGAUGAGUUUGGUCCGCUUAUGUCGGUCGCCAUUCUUUCCGGUUUCCUGGUUUCGAUUGUGGCCUACACUUCAGCUCUAUACCGCGGCAAGCAACACCGAAUGACGGGCUAUACGAUGUACGAUUUCUUUAUGGGCGCCGAGCUCAAUCCACGCAUGUUUGGCAUUCUAGACUUCAAGAUGUUCUUCGAGGUCCGCCUGCCGUGGUACAUCUUGUUUCUCAUAACAUUGGGAACGGCUGCACGGCAGUAUGAGCUGUACGGAUACGUGUCUGGAGAAAUAGGAUUCCUCCUCAUGGCCCACUUCCUCUACGCGAAUGCGUGCAGCAAGGGCGAGGAAUGCAUUGUGCCUACCUGGGAUAUGUACUACGAAAAAUGGGGGUUCAUGCUCAUCUUCUGGAACUUGGCUGGCGUCCCCUUGACCUACAUUCAUUGCACAGUCUACCUCGCCAAUCAUCACCCAAGUACAUAUUCCUGGAACAAAUACGCCUUGGCUGUUUUAUACUUGGCCUAUCUGUUUGUCUAUUGGGUCUGGGAUACAACCAACAGUCAGAAGAAUCGUUUCAGAGCAAAGGAGUCUGGUGGUGCCAUUACCCGCAAAGCAUUUCCUCAGCUGCCGUGGCAGAGUGUCGAAAAUCCUAGGGUCAUCAGAUCUGAGGACGGUGGCACGAUCCUUGCAGAUGGAUGGUAUGCUUAUGCACGAAAGAUCCACUACACCUGUGAUCUCUUUUUCGCUCUGUCGUGGGCAGCGGUGACUGGACUUCGGUCACCCUUCCCGUGGUUCUAUCCGGUUUUCUUCACCUGCAUGAUCAUACACCGAGCUAUCCGGGAUAUCCAAAAGUGUCGGAGGAAGUACGGCAAGGCAUGGGAGGAGUAUGAAAGACAAGUUCCUUACCUGUUUAUUCCUUACGUCAUCUAA